AUGGGACAACCAGGGAAAGGUGCGGAGCCCGCUGGACAACAAUCACGGCAGUUGGGACAGCAGCCUGGACUCGUUGAAAGUCCUGGACAGCACCCAAUACGGGUCUGCCAGGAUUCGGUCUACUCUUGGUGCUGCUGGACACCUUGGACAGCAGCCUGCAGUUUUCCUGGGUGCUGGCUAGCAAGGGAACUUGCUGGAAUGAGGAGUGGGCAGCAGGUAGAAGAUGAGGGGAAGAAACUUCUGCUCAUAGGAGACUCUGGUGUUGGCAAAUCAUGUCUCCUCUUGCGGUUUGCAGACGAUUCCUAUUUGGAUAGUUACAUCAGCACAAUUGGAGUCGAUUUUAAAAUACGCACUGUUGAACAGGACGGGAAGACUAUUAAGCUUCAAAUUUGGGAUACUGCUGGACAGGAACGUUUCAGGACAAUCACUAGCAGCUACUAUCGUGGUGCUCAUGGAAUUAUUGUAGUUUAUGAUGUGACGGAUCAGGAGAGCUUCGAUAAUGUUAAGCAAUGGUUGAAUGAAAUUGACCGCUAUGCUAGUGAAAAUGUUAACAAGCUUCUUGUUGGAAACAAGUGUGAUCGUACUGCUAAUAAAGUUGUAUCGUAUGAGACUGCAAAGGCAUUUGCUGAUGAGAUUGGCAUACCGUUCAUGGAGACAAGUGCCAAGGAUGCUACUAAUGUGGAGCACGCUUUCAUGUUCAUGGCUGCUGAUAUCAAGAACAGGAUGGCAAGCCAGCCCGCCAUGAACGGUGCAAGGCCACCAACCGUCCAAAUCCGUGGACAACCGGUUAGCCAAAAUUCCUCGUGCUGCUCUUCGUAAGACUUACAGUUACCUUACAUACUAAGAAAACAAAGUCCUCAAGCUCAUUUUGAAGAAGGCGGCGACAGCUUUCGUCCUCUAGCUGAUUCUUAUUGCUUUGUGGUUCCUUUAAGCACGUUUUCAUAUCAUUCUUUCCACUUGGAUUCCUUUAGCCACUGUACAAAUCUGAUUGUAGCAUCACCUUUUUUCCUAACCUUUGAUCAAUUAUUUGAGU